AUGGCGACAGCAGCAGCGCCUACCCUCUCGUCCCAAGAUCCGGUGACGUUGCGCUCGCUCCCCGAGGACUCGGCCGACUCGCUGCACGUGCGCAUGCAGAAGCAGCGCAUCGAGGACAAGUUCAAUCAGGUCCAGAAGGACAGGCGGGCCGCCCACGCCCUGCGGGUCGAGCUGGAGCAGAAGAGGAGCAACACAAAGACCGACGAGCAGAUCAUGCUCCUCAUGCAGACUGACGAGCGCCUGGCGGUGCUGCUGUCCCAGGCCGCCGAGUCGAUGUGCGCCCUCUUGCCUCCGGGCUCCGAGACGCUCGGCGAACCGAGCACGUCUUCGUCUGCGCUGCCCGCCCACGGCGCCAAGGCCUUCGAGAUCCGCGCGCAGAACUGGUUCACCAUCCUCAACGAGGUGCAGUUCACCAUGCGCUCGGCGAUGCGCCAUCUCCGCGAAGCCCAGCUGGCUCCACUCUCGCUGCCAGUGGGGUCCGAGGCGAGGGCGACCGGUUUGGCCGGAUCGGCGGGCCAGGGCCACUCGCUGUCGCUCAUGGACGCCUUUGUCGACAUGUCUGGCAGUGACGGCGCCACUUUCAGGCUGCCGCCCGCGCCCAGCCAUGACGUGAGGCGUGCGAUGCUGCCGGCGCUCGAAAAGUCGCUCAGCAUCCACGCGCUGCGCGAAAAGGACCGCAACUGGAAGAACCUCUCGCAGUCGCUCGAGGAGGUCGAGAAGAGCCUGGGCAGCACCGUGUCCGAACCGACCGCCGCCCCCGCUGCCGACUCAUCUCCGUCCAGGAGCGCCUCGCCGGCCAAGGCCAUGUUCGACGAGCCUGCAAUGGUCGAGGCGCUGCGGCGCGGUGCCAAGACCGACAAGCUGCUCCUGCAGGCGCUCCUCAACGCCAACGGCCUCACUUCCUAG